AAAAAGGCGUCUUUUUUGAACGAUUUCACUUCCGCAUUGGAGAAGUAGGUGCCGUUAUGGUGUGUUGGGGAAAAAAAAAAAAGUAAUCAAGGAUUUAAUAUACUGAGGAAUUUUUAUGAAUAAGGGAUGAAGGCUCUUCCUCCAGACACCGUGCGACUGCUGUCCAGCUCUCAGGUCAUCACAUCUGUUGUUAACGUCGUGAAGGAGCUGAUUGAGAACUCGCUGGAUGCUGGAUCCUCAAACCUGGAAAUCAAACUGGAGAAUUAUGGGAUGGAUCGUAUCGAGGUGCGAGACAACGGCUCUGGGAUCAAAGCUGCUGAUGCUCCUGUGAUGGCGGUGAAACACUACACUUCUAAAAUCUCCUGCCAUGAAGAUCUACAGCAUCUCCAGACCUACGGCUUCAGAGGAGAAGCUCUCGGGUCCCUCUGCACCGUUUCCGAGGUCAUUAUCACCACUAAAACAGUUGAGGAUGAGGUCAGCACUCAGUACACACUGGACUUAAAGGGGGGUGUGGUCUCACAGCGGCCCUCACACCUCGGCCAGGGUACCACUGUUUGUGCCCUGAAACUGUUUAAGAACCUCCCGGUGCGGAGACAGUAUUACUCCAACAGCAAGAAGUGCAAAGACGAGCUGAAGAAGGUGCAGGAUCUGCUCAUGGCUUAUGGCAUCAUCAAGCCUGAGCUGAGGAUCGUGUUCACGCAUAAUAAGGUUGUGGUGUGGCAGAAGUCCAAGGUAUCGGAUCACGCCUCGGCUCUCAUGGCCGUGCUCGGAUCCUCCGUCGCCGCCAACCUGUUACCGGUUCGACAUCGCCACGAGCAAGCAGAGAUUAGCAUCGAAGGAUACUUUCCGAAGCCAAACUCCGAUCUCAACAUGAUGAGUUCCAGUACCUCAGACAAGAUGUUUAUUUAUGUGAACAACCGUCCUGUGAAUCACAAAGACAUCCUAAAGCUUGUAAAGCAAUACUAUGCUAAUUCAGCUCAUUCGAAUAACGAAUCGGCUGGUCGCCGCUUUCCAAUCAUGAUGUUGAACAUCACCGUCCCUGGCUCGAGCGUGGAUGUUAAUCUGACCCCAGACAAAUUGCAAGUGAUGCUCGAGAACAAGGAUGCUGUGCUUUUAGCCGUGGAGUCUGUUCUGAUCUCAUUAUAUGGCUCUUAUUCUGUUGGGAAUGAAAGCCAUGAAUCGGCAGAACAGUCUCAUUCUGUGGUGGAACUUACUAAAGAACCUGAGAAAGUGCAGGAAAAAGAAGCACCACAGUCUAGCGUGGUUUCUACACCAUUGGUGCUUGGCAACGCCACUCCAAUCAAAAAGGACAGUGAGACAUCACCCGGUACUGCUAACACAAGCUCGUCUUCAUCAUCAGAAGAUUGGAUAAUCAACACAAGUUUAAGCGAUUCAUCGUUUUCCGAGAACGUAGGGUUGAAUUCUACAAUCCCUCCUGAGGACAAACAAGAGAGCUGUACCGAGGAGAUCUCGGCAGAGAGUUGGACCAUGGGUAAGGCUUUCACAGAUCCCACCACUGGAGACCGUCUAGAGCCUGUGAAGCUCCAUCAGCCAGGAGCUCAAAAUGACGUUGACCUCGAUCCCGAAGUCGGAACGAAAAGUAGCAACCCGUGCAAGAGAGCCACAAAUGUUAUAGUGGCGAAAACGGCCAAAUUAACGGCCUACGACCUGAUCAGCAGCCGCUCUGUGCGUCAGCCACUUUCCGCCUUUGCUCUGUUUGAGCAGGACACCAGAUCAUCCGUCCUGCUGGAGAAGCCACGAGCCAGUCUGCAGGAUGUCACUGCUGCUGUAAAAGAGAGAUGGGAAAGCCUCGGGGAGGAAGAAAGAAAGAAGUAUGAAGAAAAAGCCCAGAAGUCCCUGGAGUCCUACAAUGAGCAGAAGAAGCAUGCCUCCUCUGGUGUCACUUUUGACCGUCAGCAUCAGAAAGCCGAUUCUCUUUUUAACAAACCCCAGGGUGUGAAACGUAAAGCCCCCGAGUCCGAUCAGCAGACCCUGGACAAACUCUUCACCUCUCAGCCCGAGAGAAAGAAGAAACCUACCGAUGGGUCCAAGUGUCUCCAGUUCAGCAUGGACACGCUGAGACAAGCUCUUCAGCCCGAGCGUCGAAUUGGGCCAAGCGAGCAGAACCUCCGGCUUGUAAACCGCUUGCCUUCUCACUGCGCCUGGGUUGUUUCAUGUGGCAGAAAGCUCAUGUUGUUAAAUCCGUUCAGGGUGGAGGAAGCCCUGCUGUUUAAGAGACUUCUGGAGAAUAAUAUACUUCCAGCAGCGAACCUGCAGACUCCGAUACGGCUCACACAUGGUGUUCUUGGUGGUCCUGAAUACAUGGAUGUUCUCAUGAAUAUGGAGAAAGGCAGUCCAUCCUUCACUGGGGAAGUUCUCUUUACUGAUGUCAGACUGGUGGCCAAUGGAUUUCAGAUCAGACUUACUCCAGGUUCCUCGUCCACCGAGACGGGUGUGGAAGUGACGGCGAUGGCCGACUGCAUGCCUUUCUACGGCAUUGCUGACCUGAGGGAGAUCCUGACGGCCGUGAAGGACAGGAACGCCCAGACGCUUCAGCAGUGCAGACCUCUCAAAGUCUCCAACUACCUCGAGGGGGAAGCUGUGAGGAUGACCAGACAGUUGCCCCUGAACAUGUCCAGAGACGACGUCACGAACAUCAUGUCUCGAAUGACUGAAGAGUUUGAAGGGAAGCGGGACGUCUGCCUUCAUGGGCGGCCAUUUUUUCACGACCUCACUGAAGUUCCUGAAACAGACCAGGAUGCUCUUGACAUCUUGUUUAGCACUUGCUGAGUAGUUCAGGACUUUUCCAGUGUAACGUUCUUCUGAAAGUGUUCAGUGUACACCGAUCAUUAAAUAAUAAAAGUGUAAAAGUAUAAGAGAAUAAUAAAUAUUUUCACUGAUAA